ACGCAUUUUUUCUCUCUUCAAGACCCUCCAGCUGAAUUGAGAAGCUAGUUAGCCAGGGCUGGGACAACAAUGAUGUCGGAGCAGGAGGCUCUGAAGUGCUCCAGCGCAAGAAACCGUGGAGGGGUACAGAGAGUUGAGGGUAAACUCCGCGCUAGCGUGGAGAAAGGGGACUAUUAUGAAGCUCAUCAAAUGUAUCGGACGUUAUUCUUUAGGUAUAUGUCACAGUCAAAGCAUGCGGAAGCUCGAGAGCUCAUGUGUAACGGAGCGUUGUUGUUCUUCAGUCAUAAUCAGCAAAACAGUGCUGCAGACCUGUCUAUGCUAGUGCUGGAGUCUCUGGAAAAAUCAGAAGCAGAAGUAGAAGAUGACAUCCUAGAGCAUCUGGUGAAGCUGUUCAGCCUGAUGGACCCCAAGUCUCCAGAGAGGGUGGCGUUUGUGUCCCGGGCGCUCAAGUGGUCCACGGGGGGGCCAGGCAAACUGGGCAACCCCAAACUACACCAGCUACUCGCCCUCACACUAUGGAAAGAACAAAACUACAGUGAGUCCCGGUACCACUUCCUCCACUCCUGUGAUGGGGAGGGCUGUGCCCUCAUGCUGGUGGAGUACUCCGCAACUAUGGGCUACCGCAGCGAAGUGGACAUGUUCGUCGCCCAGGCCGUGCUCCAGUUCCUGUGCCUGAAGAACAAGACCAGUGCGUCGGUGGUGUUUAGCACGUACACACAGAAGCACCCGUCCAUCGAGACUGGGCCGCCCUUCGUCCAGCCACUCCUCAACUUCCUCUGGUUCCUCCUCCUCGCCGUGGAUGGGGGGAAGCUAACAGUCUUCACAGUGUUGUGUGAGCAGUAUCAACCGUCUCUGAAGAGGGACCCCAUGUAUAACGAGUAUCUGGACAGAAUAGGGCAGCUGUUCUUCGGCGUGCCCCCCAAACAGUCAUCAUCAUAUGGAGGUUUGCUAGGGAACCUGCUGAACAGCCUGAUGGGCUCUGGUGAGGAGGAGGAGGGGGAGGAAGCACAUGAGGGCAGCAGCCCGGCCGAGCUGGACUGGCUGGCGUCUUGA